UGAUUAAAUUUUAAUCUUUGAUAGAGGACGUUGACGUGUUUACGAUAUCUGCCGGAUCUGAUUUAACCACAAAGCCUCGAAUUUUUGUAUAAUAGAAAUAAUAAUGGUUUAAAAAUAACUGUGAAAUUCUCACGUAACGUGGCCUUUUAAAAAAUAUUUCUGACGUGAUUAUAUGUUACAACAUGAUUUACUUCUCGGAUAUAAUCAACGUUUAAUAUUUGAUUAAAUGUGUCAGAAAAAACAGUUUAAAACUUAAAAACAUAAUGCGUUUUACUUCAGUGUAACGUGGAUAUGUAUUGUUUUUAACGCAAACGUGGCAGCACACUAGUGACCUAGAUAAGGUCCUGAGCUAUAUCCAGGACCUGAAUUGAUUUAGAUGCAUCUUGAUUGCAUGCAAGAACGGAAGUGUAGUGCCUCAAAAUUGCUAUAUUAAAAAAUAUUUCUUUAUUGUUCAGUGUGAAACAACUUGUUGAUACUUCAAUAUUUUACAAACUAUAGAAAAUUUCAAGCAACAGGCCACUUUUAUUCAUCUUUCUAAAAAUAGUAUGGAAUAAACUCACCAUGAUAUCAACCAAGACAGACACAUAUAUAAACUUCUGUGAUGAUGACAUCACAAACCAACACCGACCUCCACACCGAUUUUUUCGUGAGUCACCAGAUAGCUCAUUGUAUAUUGAACCCAUACCUACAAGAAACUUUUUAAGGAAAUGGAAUCAACUUUCUCGAUUGCAAAGGACUUUGGUGUUGGGCUUACUUAUACUAUUAGCUAUAUUUUGUUUUGUGUAUGCACUGUCAUCGCUCAUAUCUAAUGAACAAAAUUUUACAGGAAAUGCCAUAAAUUCGUCAUUGCUCUUUAAAUUGAAGCAAUCUGCGCCAUCUGAGAAAUUGAAGAAGGAAGUACUGUUAUUUGAGACUGAUUUUAACCAAAGGCCUAUAUUCACAGGACCGUCGAAUGCAAAACAAUACGCCGUCGUACAAAGCUUCAAACAUGCUUGGAAAGGAUACAAGGAGCACGCUUGGGGCCAUGAUAAUUUAAAACCUGUGUCAGGCACUUCGUCCGAUUGGUUUUCUUUAGGACUAACUAUAGUCGAUGGUCUUGACACAGCAUUUAUUAUGGGACUUACUGAAGAGUUUGAAGAGGGGCGGGAAUGGAUAAAAAAUGAGUUGGAAUUCACAAAAAAUAAAGAUGUUAAUUUCUUCGAAGUUACGAUACGGGUGUUAGGCGCUCUGUUGACAAACUAUCAUUUCUCUGGCGAUGAUAUGUUCCUUGAAAAAGCUAAAGAUCUUGGCGAGCGUCUUAUGGCAGCGUUCUCAUCGCCAUCUGGCAUUCCUUACUCGGACGUGAAUCUAGGAGCACGUACGGCCCAUGUCCCAGAAUGGUCUCACUACAGUUCAACAUCUGAGAUCAGCACUGUUCAACUGGAAUUUCGGGAACUUUCAAGGGCAUCUGAUAACCCUGCUUUUGAGGACGCAGCAGCGGCAGUGUCCGAGAAACUUCACCAAUUGCCGAAGAAACAUGGUCUGGUACCAAUAUUCAUCAAUCCCAAUACGGGUCAAUUUCUACCGCACGCAACGAUCACGCUCGGCGCACGCGGUGACAGUUAUUAUGAAUACUUGCUCAAACAAUGGAUACAGACCGGAAAGACAAUGAAUUAUUUGCGAGACGAUUACUUGACUGCGAUCGAAGGUGUGCGUGAGUUCCUUGCACGUAGGUCUGUGCCAAAUAAAAGGCUGUUUAUCGGCGAAUUAACAACGGGAUCCGAGACUAUGAAUACGCAGGCAUUUUAUCCGAAAAUGGACCAUUUGACCUGUUUCCUGCCUGGUACAUUGGCACUUGGCCAUGCUAAUGGACUACCGGAUUGGCACUUGGAGAUGGCAGAAGAACUUAUACACACAUGUUACUUGACCUACGCAGCUCAUCCGACCUUCAUGGCACCAGAAAUUACGCAUUUUAAUAUUGGUAGCAGUAGUACCGAAGAUAUGUUCACAAAGUUGGCGGAUGCACACAGCCUCUUGCGGCCCGAAUUUGUCGAGAGCUUGUAUGUGAUGUACCAAUUAACUGGCAACACUACGUACCAGGAUUGGGGCUGGCAAGUUUAUAUGGGUAUUGAAAAGUACGCGCGGGUCCCUCGUGGUUACACAUCUCUAACCAACGUGAAGACCGAGAAACCUUCACCCAAAGACAUGAUGGAGUCGUUCUUCCUAUCGGAGACUUUGAAGUACCUCUACCUUCUUUUCAGCGAUGAUAGAUACAUGAUCGAUCUUAGCAAAUAUGUAUUCAACAGUGAGGCACACCCGCUACCGAUACAUAAUAACUAAUUCAAUAAAAUACAAUAAAUAGCCCAGUUUCUGGAACGAGCCUUGUAUAAUUAAAAUACGAGUCAUAAAUGCUACGAGCCGUUAUUUAGCGUAUUAAAUAGUUUUCUAAAAACCCAACCCUAGAAACUACGACACGUAUUGAAUAUGUUUGAUUUCAAAUCGUUAAUAGUAAUGCUUUUAGCAAAUGAAUUUGUACGCACACAUUUGCGUUCCAUUUCAGUAACUGGGCGUUAUACUCUCAAAUAAAAUCUGUCGACAACUUUUUCAAAACUGUUUACCCCAAAUAGCUAAUUUAAAGUAGCAUGUGUUAAACGUAAGCGCGCUGUCAAAAAAUGACAGUUUACAACUUGACGGUUAUGGACAAGUUUGAGGUAAGAUUAAUUUGAGGGAUUUAGCACGAGCGAUAUGGAGGUUUAAAAUACAACAAUAGAUAAAUUAAACUUCGCAGUUCGCGCUGUCUGACAUUUCAUAUUAUAUAGGUACUUAAUGAGCUUGAUGUCGGGCUGACGGUCUUGAUAGGAUUUUGGAAUUUAGUUAAUUUAUAUUUUUGUAUUUAUAUUACAAUUUACAAUCCUGAUAUUAAAGUUUUUUGUACGUAAUUUUCAUGUUGAAGGACAAUUUAGAUAUAGCUCAAAUUAAAUGCGAGAAUUUUUUUUAAUGUAUUUUUUAUGACGGGAAGAAUAAUUCUAACUAUUGUUAAAAUGUGUUUUGGCUUUAGACCUAAAGUGUAGUCAUUUUUUAUUUAUUCUAAACCAAAAAUAUAUCUAGUUAGGUGUAUGAAUUAAUGGAGUUUACUUAUUUUAUAUGAAUGUAUAUGAGACAGGAAUUAAAUUCUAGUGCUACAAACUAGGGUUUAAAGAAGGAACGUAAUUACAGUUUUCCACCAAUGUUGACAAGUUUGUGAUACUAGAGUGACAGGUUGUAGUAUUCUUGGAUGACAGUGUAUGGCAUGGUGUAAUGACAGUUUAUGACAUAUGAUAUACUGUGAUGACAGUUUAUAGCAUAAUAGGAUAACUUGUGUCAUACAAUUUGAAUCUUAUGGCCUCAGGCUGCUAUUAACUAGGUAAGUAGUCUAUAAACAUAUAUUUAACGUAAAUACAAUGUAAUCAAUCUAAUUAAAGAAUAUGUAAAAUCUUUCCGACAUUUUGAAAUGUGUCAUAUGUGUGUUGUGAGUUAAAUGUCAAAACAUUGGUUUCUUGGAAAGAGAUGGAGCUAUAUAACCGUCUCUUAGUUAACUUUAAUGCUGCAAUUAGUUCCUCAUACUUGUGCAAUUUUCAAUCUACUUAUGUACUUAGAAAAAUUAUAUUUAUUAUAAUUAUAGAUAAUUUUCUUCACUUGUUGAUCUUAUCUUAAAGUUUUGCAGUGUGCUCGAUAUUAUACGAUAUGAUUCAGUCCGUACCUUUGUUUGUACCGAAAAUUGUAAUUAAAAACAAACUAUUUUUAAGUCACGUCUGAAACACAAACCAUUUAAGCAUUUAAAGGGAGCCUACACAUAAGUAAAAUAUAUUUUACAUUUUUUACAAAAAAUAGAAAAAAUCACUUUGCAACAUUCGUUUUAAGUACAAUUGUUAUUUUAGAAAAUGCAAAAUCGUUUUACAUUUAGGUAAUUUUUUAGUCAAUUUUGUAAAUAAUUACGUUACCAAGGAAAUAUAUUGGAAAAUAGAAAGCUUGUCAGAAUCAAAUGCGAAUAACUUUUACGCAAGGUUUAUUACUUUAAUUAUCGUGAGUUAAAACAUUUGUUGUUUAAAGUGUAUUUUACAAUGCAAAUUAAAAGUACCGUUGCUUUGACUCAUUUAAAAAGUAUUUUAUUCUGUACCUUUGGAAUGUAGGUUUUAGAUAAUGAACCGAUUACAUAUUUUUUGGGUUACACAUUUUUCAGUUUCGUGUUAUUUUACAAAAAAAGUUUUAUCAUGCAUCCGAUGAUACUGGCCACCUUUGUAUUAAACAAAUGAAAAUGAUUGCGUUCUUCUCAUGAGUUAAUUGCCACUCUCACCUUUGAGGUUGUAGGUUCGAUCCCUGGCUGUGCAUCGUGAGGCAAUCCAUUGUCUAUUAAAAACCAUAUAAUCUCGAAACACGUGAUCUAAAGAUAAAAAGCGCUGCUAUUUUUCUGGUAUAAAGUACUAUGUAGAUACAUAUAUAUUAUACUUUAAACUUAGUGUAACAUUGGACAUCAUACCUUUCUUCAUUAUAUUCAUGUAUGGUAUUUUUUUGCAUUGUAAAUUACACAUUAAGACGAAAAUUCAAUGUAAUCUUGGUGGUAGAUUGCAAUAGAUUAUGUACAUAUUGAAUUGCUCGGUUUCUAUAUCAAAGAUCGGUCGUUGCACGAGGCGUACUCUAUAUAUACACAUUGUGAAAUUCGUAUUGGUAUUUUACAUAGAAACCGGGUGUCAUUUAAUGUUUGUUGGGUUAUUGUUAUAAAAAUUAUGUUUUUAUUGCAUUUACUGUAUACUUCUUAAUAAAUGUCUGAAAUAAA